CACGAUAACAACAACCCAAAAACAAUGCCAAAUUGCAAAUAGCAAAUACGAAUAGAAUGUGAAGUGCUGGAUUGGAUCAAAUUAUUACCAAGGAACGCAAAUACCUUAACGUUCCUUGUUAUGUAGUGCACACUGGCUUGAAAUGGAACACAAAAUUCAAAUAGAUAAAAAAACAUCACGUGUGACAGCUUGUCUUUUUCCGUCAGAUGUCGAUAGUGUAGCUUCCAAAAGUCAUGGCGGAUUUUUUCAUUAGAAUUUAUUAAUUCGCUUUAUUUGUGGGUAGAUUUAUUAUAACCAGCGUCAAUUUGAUUUAAAGUUCGUUUUAUACGUGCAGUGGAAGCUCAUAGAAAAGCACGUAGUCACCGACUAAUAAGCAAUUGUGAAGACGUUCAUAUUUGAUUUGAAGGAUCGUGUCGAAUUUCGGUGGUUUUAAGCUAAAUAAAUAGUCAACGACGCAACGUUCUAAUAAUAUGACGCAGUAGACGCUCAGGAGCGUCGGUACUCCAUAUAUUUUUCAAAUUUAAAUCAGAUAUCUAAGGCGAUGAACGAGGGAUCGCCGAUGAUAUACCAUGGAAAUGGAGGGUUCGGAGGGCCAGGGCCUAUGUACAUGGUGGGAAUGGAACGCCAGGCGCGGCACUACCCUCUAGAUGUGGUGCAGGUACCUGGAGCGUCUCCCGCCAACGGCAAUGGCACACCGCGAAGGUGGCAGCAGCGCCGCGACCGCUACAAAGACAAUACCGCCUUUGGAUAUGACUCUGAUGACUCCAGCUUAUCUAGCAAUGCAUCUGGAUCCAAUAAAUCCGGAGAUAAAGGGGAGGGUUCGUCUCGGGGCUCGAGCAGCGGCGCCUCCGCGGGCGGCAGCAUAGGCGGUGGCGGUGCCGUUUUCAAUGUUGGCGGCGGUUUGGGCGGCGGCGGCACGCGCGACUACCGCGAGUGGCGGUCGAGACGCGGCCGCGAGGCAACCGCGCGCCCCCGCCGCAUCGCGCCCGAACGAUACCUCAACGCCUCAUACCCAUUCCAGGUUAAGUUUACGCCGGAUGAUUUGCUCAAUGGUUCCAAAUGGGACACACUGUCACAAGAGAUGUGGGACAAAUUUGUAAAAUCGCAACAGACCGAAGAUACGUUUAGGAAGAAAAUGAACUUGUGGCGGUACAUCUACAUCACUAUUAAGUCAAUAUUCCCUCGGUACGGCCUAUACGUGGUGGGCUCGACGAUGUCCGGCUUCGGGCUGGAGUCUUCGGACAUGGACCUGUGCCUGUACAUCCGACCCCUGGACAACGUGGACCCUCGAGCUCACGCGCUGCUACACCUCAACUACAUCCUGGGGUACAUCAAGACCUUCGACCCGGAGGCGGAGUUGAUCCAGGCAAAGGUGCCUAUUCUCAAGUUUCGAGACGCGCGCAACGGCGUGCAAGUCGACCUCAACUGCAACAACGUUGUGGGCAUCCGGAACACAAACCUGCUCUACGGGUUCUCUAGGAUGGAUUGGCGCGUGCGGCCCCUCGUGGCGGUGACCAAACUGUGGGCGCAGGCGCACAACAUCAACGACGCGAGGCAACGGACGCUGUCCUCAUACAGCCUCACGCUCAUGGUCAUACACUUCCUGCAGUGCGGCACAUCGCCCAGCAUCCUGCCGCGCUGGGCGGGCGGCACGGCGGGCUGGGAGCGGCGCGCACACAACAGAGCCACGCUCGCAGAACUAUUCCUGCAGCUGCUGCGCUACUACGCCGACUUCCCGUAUAGCACAAUGGCUGUUUCCGUCCGGGCCGGGGCUCGAGUCCCCAUAGCCGAGUGUCGUGCGGCGCGAGCUCAUAAGAACGACCCGCACCAGUGGAAGCUACUCUGCGUAGAGGAGCCGUUCGACUUGACGAACACGGCGCGCUCCGUCUACGACCCCGAAACGUUCGAGCGGAUAGUGAACACUUUCCGGGAGAGCCACGCGCGCCUACACGCCGCCCUGCGCCUGCACGCUGCCUGGCCGCAGCGGUGACGCGACCGCCCCGCCACCCCCCCCGGGCCCCCCCGCGCGGCUAUAUACACAGGUAAAACCCUUAGAUGAUUGAUCACAACUAGAAGAUACGGCUCCCUCACAUGGCACUCGCGCUCGCCUGCGGCCAUGGAACCCCUGGAACCCUGGAACCCCGCGUCACCACCGCACUAUGGACAAUAUAAAUAUACUAAUAAGAACCCGAGGGUUCCGCCGGUGUACGCCGUAUUACUCUAGUUGAGCAACAGGUGCUAAAACAAUUAUUUUAUGAUUUAUUUUAUUUUUAAAAUAAUAUAAUUGUUAAUUAGGUGGUGUGGCGUUAUUUGCCACGCCUUCUAUGAAAUAACUUAGUAUUAUAUGAACGUCGGAGCUUCGUAUUAACGCUGUCGCGAUCACGAAAUGGCACCUUGGAAAAGAUGCAUGAAUGCUUGCUCCCGUUCUCACAUUGUUUGAAAUAGAUGCUUGGCAUUUUCUUGGAUAUGUCAUGAUUGUUAAAAGCGGUGCACUUUCAGCAUGAACUCUGUUUUAUUGUACCCCAUUAUUAAUGAUGCCCUGCCAAUUGAUUUUUAACUCUUGAGCUUGUAGCACAAGAUGGCAUCGUUUUAACAAAUUUUAUAUUAUUUAAUUUCAUCCAUUUUUUUAGUUUGUAAUAAACUAAAUCGUAACUGUGUGCUGUGCUAGGUUAUGAGCGCGAUUCUUGUACCGUAUCUUCCUAUUUUGUUUUCAUCUAAGGAAAAAAUAAAUAUUAAUAUUGGAAUGUUUUAUUAUGGUCGUGUGUAAAUAAUAAUAUAUUUUGUGAAUGAACGACAAACAAAAAAAAAAUAUAAUUAUAUAGAUGUGUAUAUAUUAUUUGUAAGAUCCGUGUGAGAGUCGUUUUAGCGGUGUGAACUUGUGAAAUGAUUGAUAAAGGCGGAAUUGGACGGUUCAUCGAGCGAUACGUUUUUGCAAUGGUUUCUAAAUGCGGGACAGUGAAAUGCGUUGUUUUUAUAGACGCAUCGCUUUUGAUGAAAGCUUAUUAUUCUAUAACUUGUGGAAUUCCCGAACAUCUAUGUCGAGUUAUUUAAUCAAAGAAUAAAUACAGUGAAAGAUUUGAACUGUGAAUGAGCUGUCGCUGUUUAGAUGCUAGUGGAAACAAUCGGUUUAUCAUCGAUGAAGCAUCGACAAUGUACCGUCCAAUUUUCAGCUUAAUUGAAGAUGGAGGCGCGGCAGAUUCGCUCGCGUCGCUCGGAGAGACCACGAAUGGUGCUAGAUAUUGUGUUGCCUUAUUGUGUGAGCGUCGCUUGCUGAGCUAAAUUAUUAUAGUUAGUUAACCUGAGCGAGUCCGCAGAUCUCCGGGAUCAUCCUAUAAACGAGGUGAGGUGAUGUGCCCGCUUUCGUUUGAUACGUAAAGAUUGUAGGCGCAAUGAGCCCUCGCCGAAUUGUAGGUGCUUCCGAUAAACUUUGUUCGGACAGUUGUGUGAAUGAACGUUUAGCGAACGCUCCGACCGCUUUUGCGUCGGAAUACGUCGCCGCUGCAAACCUAGGAUGUUAAUUUCAAAAUUUUACCAAAAAUUAAAAAUUAUAAACAUGAACUCGCCAAUGAUAUAUUUUUUAUCUAUUGCCGAUUGAAGAGCAUGCAAUGUUUAUAUUUUUACAAGACUAUAGUAAUUACUGUAUAUCGCUAGUCUGUUGUUAGUCUCCUGUUAUACGCGACGGGCAUCAAACCGAUAUGUUUUCAGCGAUGCCCCGUUUUUGUUAAGUUUAACGUUUCGAGACGGGUGUUGUUAUGUUUUGUUGUGAUAAUUGUACGUGAACAACGAACAGUACCCAGGACACUUUUGACCGGCAUUAUUUAAAAGAAUCCAACGCCUGUGGUGGCACUUUUAUCAGCGGUUUAUCUAUAAGUUUUAUAUCGAUUUUACAUAGGCACUCGGACCGGACGCGCUGAAUAUUACAAGUACAAUAAAUAAUUUUUAAAAAGAGUUAUUUAUAAGAAAACUUAUUAAGAGUUAUUAAUUAUUAUCACAAACACGAAAGUGUCUCGAAAACUCUUCAAUUCUUGAGUAAAAAAAAAACAAUAUAAAAAACUUAAGCCGACACCCAAAAAAUAUAAAAUGUUAAAAAUAAAAAAAAAUAAAAAAAUUAAAAUUACAAAAAAAAACAAAAAAAACAAAAAACACUGAAAAAAUUCUUUUUACUUUGACUCCGACCACGGUCAACAAUCGCAUGUUAUAUUGUAACUGACGGCGACCACCUGCCUCGCGCGCUUUCCUUCGCAACGUCACAGCGGCUCCGAAGCUUCCCGAAUGGUACAAAUAUUACCGGGCCAUUUCCAAUGAAGUUGAAAUAUAAACGGGUCCGAUGUGGUUUUAGUUGUGGACGGAAACAUUGUAUGCGCGUUUUAUCCGUUCUCUAAUGAGAAGCUCGAGUUCGGUUGUCCAUCAGACAACCGCAAUUGAGCUGAGUCUUAAGCAACCAGCGUGGCACCAGUAGCUUCCGACUUGAAAACCAAUUUUUUAUAGAAUAACAUAAGUAGUAUUCUCCAAUUUCCUUUGUUAAAAACACUGCUGGAUUGCUUUUCCUUCGUUUUCGGUGCAUUUAAAAAAGGCGGUUAAACCUAUCACAAAUAAAUUUGCAAUUUGUGGCGUCGAUCGCUGUACGGGGUAGUUUUUCAUUAUUUUCGCUUUGACGAGACACGUUUUGCAUUUGUGGGAAUUUACUGCGCAACACGUGUAUGACUGAUUUAUUAAAUAUUAAAACGUGGUAAGCACCACAAUCAUUGUUAAAUCACAAUUUCAUAAGUCAGUUUGCUUCGUUCAACGCUCAGAAAGAUUAUACAGUUACGAAAUGUUGUGUCUCGUAUAAACUGGGAACUUGAAGGAACGAAACCCCGGUGGCUUCGUUUUGUACUGUCAAGCUUCGUUUUGUACUGUCAACCCUCCGAAUACAAUGUCACUGCCGAAAUUAGGACUGUUGUUAGUAUGUAUGAAAAUAAGUUCUACUUAACCUGUAUCAAAACAUGUUUGGCAUUUCCACUGAACUCUGUUAAUCGAACAUUUCAAAUUCUAUUGUAAUUUUAACAAUGUUGUUGAUCAUAGAAAUAAAAUGCAAAACUAGCUAUGUCCACUGUUUACUUCAAUACCUGUGAAAAUUAUGCAAGCACUGACUCACGUUAUGUAUUUAACUGUAAAAAAAACCCUGUAAAAUAUUACCUUUUAAUUGUUAUUAUUAUCCUCGAAGCGGCUUACGAAAAAGUGUUUGUAAAAAUAUUUUUGUCGCGUUUUUGACCGAUUUUGUCUUGUGUUGCAUUUUAUUUUAUUGAGCACAAGUAAUUUAUAUCAUAAUUGUUGUACAAAAAAUUAUUGUAAAGAAAAGUAUAAUUAAAAUAUAUACAACUGCCGCAA